AGGGUGUGACUCCGCCUAUUGAUCAAAGACCAUCCUCCUCCCUUUUGUCUUUUCUUCAGUUUGUUAACUUCUCUAAAAGCCGCGUGGACUUCGGGCGAGCCGCUCCAACCUCUUGGCAGGUUUUUCAUUUUCAUUUUUUUUUGGUUUGUUUUCGGGGUUUUGUUUGUGGCGCAUCCGGACUGACCCAGUCUUCCAAACAAGCCAGAGAAGACGCACACUCUCUCUCUCUCUGCACUCUUUUCCUAGAAGUUGUGUUUCAUGGAGUCUUUGUGGAAAUCAUUAAUUGUCACCACAGCGGCGAGGUCUGGAGCCAAAUCAUUGCACUAUCAUAACAAAGUUACCACAUGAUGAGCAGCCAGUCAAUGCAGACCCUUGUUGACCCAGUGUUUCAACCCAAGAUGCCAUUAUUCGAUGGGACCAUAGCAUCCACAGGACUGUCAAAGCCACAAAAUAUGUCUGAUUUCCUGGGUAAGACGCUGCAGUACAACGGGGCCUACUUUACUUAUGACCCCAGAGGAAAAGACGGAGCACGAUUCAUUCCUCCUUGGAGCAACUCAAAGACCUCUCUGCUGGAUGGUAGAAGUCCUGUGACUCACCUCUCAGGCAUGGAGGGACAAAACCACAUAAUUUACAGGCAAGACAGCAAUUCUUCAGAAGAAGGCCAUUCUCAUUCCUCCUCUCUGCAUCAUGUACCGGUGAAAAAGGGGUUUACAUUAUACAGAAAAAGUCCUGGGAUCAGCAGUCCUGCAGCUGCUACAUCAGUGGCUGUGGGAAAAACAAAAAAUGGGAGUGAGAAUUCAUCUCCCCCAUCUGAAAACUCUGUUUACCUAGCGAUUCCUAAGCCAGUUUAUGGACAUAACCCCUGCUGUAAUGAACUGGGUUGUGUGAUAGGACAGCGAUACAGUCUGGAACAUGGCACGCAGAGGAUACCAAACACUGUAUAUGAGCAUGAUUGGAUGCAAAAUGAUGCUCACUACACUGAAAGACCACCCAUCCACAGGAAAGUACAAGACUCACUGCUGCAACAAAGACGUUUACAGUUUGAGCCCAGUACAGAACCACUAAAAGGGAUACCCGUGGAGACCUACAGCCCAGGUAGAGCAAGGACUUUGCCUGCUAUGAUUGAUCCAAACAACAGAAGUUACCCCUGCACCCUGACUCGUACACUGUUUGGUUCUGUAAGUGAGCAGAGCCAGCGUUUACAGACUUCCCCCCAAGGCUAUGCUAGUUUAUACCCCUCCCAUCCUACAUAUGAGAAUAUGACCUCAGAGGUUUAUCAGGAACAUUCUCCCAUGUCCAAAUAUGGCCAGCUAACACAGCACUCGAUGUUUUACUACCCCCAGGCAAAUGUGGAGGUAGAAAACAGGACACAGUGUAAAGAUACUGGCAGUAAGCAGAGAGAAGAUGUCCCCGUUAUUCUUAAACACACAAUCUCAACUCCCCGGGAGCAUUACAUGGUGCCUCAGUCGCUUCAUGGGGAAAUUCCAUUGCCUUUGCCUAGCGCUGAAACAUUGCCAAAUCGUUCCUUUAUGCGGGGAUUUGACUAUCCAUGUUAUGCUGUUCCUGGAUUUCAUUUAAAUGCAAGUCAAAUCAGACCCCCCCUAACCACCAACUCACCAUUACGACAUGUAGACCAAACCAGUCCUACCAGACGUAUAAGCCAACCUGGCAUUUCGCCAUCCAGCAUACAAAUGAACAGAUUUUUCCCCCCACUCAACAGCCUGCACAUAGACCGACCUGUCCUUCCAUCAACUGGCUUGAACAUGGACAGACCCCUGGACUAUUCCUCCUGUGAAUCUCGGGUUAGGUGCUCGAAACAACCAAAAGGUCUUCCUGUUUCCCCAGCACCAUGGCUGCCCCAGUCACCCCAUCACAACCAAAACCACACAGCUCUACCUUAUAGUGCAAAUGUCAGAAAAAUUAUUUAUUCCCCUGCUGUUGCACCAGGAAAUAAACACAGUGGCACUGGAUCUGAUUCAGCCAAGGCUGUUCUUAGACGAUGCCUGAAGAGAAGUAUUUCUCACUCAUCUUCACCUAUCAAAAUAAAAGAGGAGGAGCAAGAGGACAGGGGUUUAUUUGAAAUGGAACUUAUUAGGAAACGACAAAGGGUGGAAAUGGAGAAUGCACAUGUAGAAAAUAAAACAAGGUCUCCUCCUAUGCCAGUAAUUGACAAUGUCUUCAGUCUGGCACCUUACCAAGCAUACCUGCAAGCCUCUGGAGUCUUAUUUCCAGGCAGAGUACCACAGAGACCUGUCCAGUCAUCUGAGCAAGUCAAACCCAAGACUGUCAUCAAAGAGAAAAGGCAAGAUCAAGAUGAGCAGCCUGUUGUUUCCAAAGUAAUCUGUGCGAAUACUCCAACAGAGAAGCCUGUUGUAGAAACCUUUGAACUCAAAAAUAUUAAAGUGGAAAAAGUAGAUCCAACAGACACAGACAACUUUGUAGAGAGGGACUGCAGCAAAGGAGCAAUCAAAAAAGAACCUGAAGAAACUGGUUCAUCCGACAGUGAGCACAUGUUGGUGAUAAAGAAAUGUGAACCUGAUGAAUUUGAAAGUAAACCUUCAGUAGCAGUUGAAAAGACUGAGACUUCAAAUGAGUCCAAACCUGGGGAGGUGACAACACAGAUGAACUUGUCUCCUCAGGGUGAUACAUGCAAACAGCACGAACCUGUCGUCACCGGUGAAAUCAAAUCAGUUACUCCACCUCAACCAACUGAGCGCAGACUAAAUUUCAAAAACAUUCCUCCCCAGUGUCUGAAACUGUCCACCUAUAAUAUAGUUCUCAGUGAUACAAAGCAUUUGAGCCAGGUUCUGCCAUCAGAUAAGCCACCUGUACAGCUAACAACUGAAUUUAUACCGAAACUAGAGCUCCAAAUGCCAGUCCGCAAGCACUUCUUUGAGUUGCACCAUUCCCUCUACAAGCUAGUAUCCAAAUCUGUGUUGGCCUCUUCAGAACAGGAUCUCAGAACCUGGUUGUCUCAGUUGGAACUGACUGAACCAAAUUCUCCAUCAACCAAAGUCCAGAAAGUGUCCUGUUUGUUGGGCGUAAAAGCCAGAGAGAUGUGGUUUACGGAGGAGGUAAAGGUAGCACUCCAUAAGCUCCUUGAGAGACUGAGAGAGUACACCGCCCAGGAACGCUGUCCAUUUCCACACGUCAUGCGGACAGGUGCAGUGUUUCUUCCCAUGCUGGUGGUGAAGGAGUUGCUGUUCCCAACAGUCCAGGGCACCUUGAUUGACCAAGUCCUGCAGGAGCACAAAGUGGAGCUGCGGCCCACCACACUCUCCGAAGAAAAGAUCCUCAUCCAGCUUCAUAAACGAGCCUGUUCCUCCAGGCUCAGGAGACUCAUGUCCCUCAAACACUUGCCAAACAUCUACGCUGACGUGGUCAACCUUUUGUAUUACACCUGUGUCUGCAAACAUCUGGGAUUAGAUAUGGAUGAUUCUGCCACUAAAGAAAAAGAUGAAGACUGUGAGGAGACUAUGAGUAGGACUCCAGUAUUUUAUCACAUCGCUGCGUCACCAGCCUCACCUGCAGAGCCCACACAGAGACCUUCGAUGGACCAGGAAACCAAAUCUAAUUUGAACAAAAACAGGACAAAAAGCAGGGUGAAAAGCAGUUCUAGGCGCAUGUUUCUCGACAAUAGUUUAUCAGAUAAGGAAGAGGCAGAUGACAAAGUAAGUCAAAGUGUGCUGAAUGCAUUUAGUAAUAGUGGCCAUCAUUCUGAAGGGACUGAAAAUAAAAGUGACGGUAUGGAUUCAGAGCAGGAUUCUUCACCCAUUCCACUAAGCGCUGAGAAUUUGUGGAUGUGUCCUUUAAGUUUGGACGAGCUUUCUUCAUUUCCCAGCGACCCAGAAACAGAAGAAUCCUCCAGUUCACGGCCUAUUCAGUCCUCAGGACUAGCCGAAUCUCCGGUUAGAUCCAACAGUUGUUCAGGUGUGAUUCUUAAGCUAAGGAGGAUGUUUAGCGAUGGUAUGAACAGAAAAAAGGCCCACUACCAGGCAAUCUCAGACUCUGGGACAUUUGCUGAUCCUUCCCUCAUGCAAACUGAUGAUGGGGAGAAAGAAGCGAGUAGCGAGGUUGGCCUUUGCAGAAGAACACCGAAAGUAACCCACAGGUGGCAGAGAAAAGGAGGCUUCUCUCAUGCCUUAAGACCCCUUAGAAGCUCUUCUAAAAGAAAACUCAGAUCGCUGUUAAAGAUCAAAUACUGUCCCUACUUGUCUGCCUGCCACAGCGCUGAGCACAGAAGGCGCUGGGUCCUGCGUUCAGCUGUCCAGAGAGCUCAGAGGGCCAUGAGGUUUUACUACCCAGACCUGGUGGGAAAGCGGAUUCGCCAUUUGUAUGAAGAAGAUGACAAAUCAGAAGUGUGGUACAGAGGAGAAGUGCUACGAAUCCAUGAGGCCCACACUAAUCCUCUAAAGACUAUAUUUGAGGUCAGAUAUGACAGUGAGCCCGAGUGGAAAUACUACCUGGAGCUGUUGAUAGACUAUAAAAAAGGCUGGCUAAAGAUUGAAGACUAGUAUCCCUAAACAGAUGUCUGUGUGCCAGUUUAGUUUUUGGUCACAUCACUGAGUGCAACGAUGAUGUUUUAAAUCAGUUACCCACUUUUUUUGUUUCCUUUUACACUUUUAACAGAUUGAACGUAAAUAACUGUCUUGCCUCCUCAGGAAUGAAGUUGGGCUGGAUAUUUUUUGUAUGCAGGUCAGGUUAACAUUCUGUCACUUGAGAAGCACAGGGUGCAUUACUUCAGUGACUGACUAUAGCCAUUGUGACAACUUUUACACAUCUGUCAAUGGAUUUUCAGGUUCGUUCCGAUAUUGGAUUGUAGUUAUGAAUUCUGAAUUUAACUUUUUUUUUAUUUUUUUAUGUCUAAGUGUCACUUAAGUUUUUGAGAAUUUAAUUGUAAACAACUGUGAAGUUAAAUAUUUAUUGAAAAUUUGAGUGAAGUUAGUGACUGGUAGGUUUAUUUUGCUAGUAAGAAAUGAGCAACCAAUGAAUGACAUGAAGACAUUUUUAAAAGGGUUUUACUGUCCCAACAGUGCCAACCACAUGUAUAUAGGUUUACAAUAAGAGUCCCGCUCGUGUAUGUCAUUAUAGAGAUUUUUACCUGAUGAGUGGCUGGAGUUGUGUGUGUAACUGUAGCUGGACAGGCAUUAAUGCAGUUCUGUACUAAGCUGCUCAAGAAGUCUUUUAAAAGACAAAGUCAGAAGUGUCCCCAAGCCGAUGUUUUGAAACCACUGGUAACCUUAAGACUUUCAUUUUAUUUUAGUAUAAUUUCCUUACACGUCUGCAGAUUGAAUUGUUAACAUUAUCACUUGUCUUUUUUUUAAUAAUAAAUGAUAGUAAUGUUUUAUGAAAUGUUUUGACCCUUUGACUGACUUACCUGAGUUUCAUGAGGUUUCUUUAUUAUCAAAGAUAAAUUUCACAUGGGCAAAUCUUUACCACUGCCAGCUACACAUUAACAUUUCACCAUGAUUUUGAAAACAAAAUAAGCAGUUGAUUUUUUUAUUUUUUUGUAAACAUGGCCUUUGAAAUAUAACAGCACCUCAAAUAAAAAACAAAUGGUGUUUUUGUCCCCACCGUGUGGCAGAAUCUUUAAUUGCAAGAUUCUGCUUGUCAAAAGUCCUGCUGAGUUGGAAACUAACUCCAGUAAUGGGUUUAGCUUUUACAAGUGACUACCACAAUACACAGUGGUACUCUUCUUCAGGACACAGUAAAAAAAAAAAAAAAAGUUGCCACAGCAAAAACAUUGUGUCCAUUAUCAAACAACCACCCAUGCCAGAACGAUGUUUGCAACAUUUUGCACUUUAAUAUUUUCUCCAAAACAGACAACUAAUUUUUCCCACAUUUUUACACUAAUAGGAAAUAAAACACCUUUGAUAGCAUAAAGAAAAGAUAUGUAGAAAAGUAUUAAAAGUUUUUUGGAUGUCUCAAUUUAAUGUAAGUAGCUGCUUCUGUUGAAAUGUUCAUGAACUACUAGCAGACACAAUGGAAACAGAGUGAGCCCUGGAGAGCAUAUUAGCCUAAUGAUCACAGCUACAGCUGGUGUGUUACCUGCAAGACAACAGCCCAUCCUUUGUUAUUAUCCAUUCAACUUAUGUCAUUGGUUUGUGACUUGAGAGACAAAAUGAAUUCAAAAGUAACAUCAUACAAACAACCACCUGAUCUUUAUCAUACAAUCUGUAAGUAAAAGUGGUGCAUAAAAGCUAACAUUUUGCCUAAAAUCAUCAUUAUUCAAUGAAAGUUACCAAAUUAAUUUCACCCAAUGCUGGAAGACACAACUCUGUAAAGGCCUGUAGUACACUACAUCGCAAAAUACAUAGCGCAGAAAUGCAUCAUGGAUGGUUGGGUAAUUAAUAUGAUUGAGACCAAACCUACUCUAAUGACUCACACAGUACUCCCAAAAAUGAGAUUUCUCAUGACAUUUAUUCAAAUAAACAAUACAGUUUAUAAUUUGCUAGGAUAAAAUAAUAAGUUUGAACACAUAAGAAGCAUGUGGGAAUGAAUUCCCCAAAGAUCUGAAACUGGAUUAAAGGAUGUGUUUUAAUGAAAGCUGACACUUUGGUGUCAUCUUCUGACUUGCAUCAGUGCCUGUAUAUUCAUGUCCCCUCCAGUCAAUCUUGUGAAGACUGCCAUAUUGCAGAGACAUGAACGAGCAUUUACAAGCAGAGAGCCUGACAACCAGAACAACCACCACAUUGAACAAUGCAAAACCUGGAGGGGCACUGACAUUUCCAUGUCAAAUCCUCAAUCCGUGUGCGAAAAAUACAGUCUUUAAUGCAAAAGCAUAACAGCGUUAUAAACAGUCCUACAACCUUUAGAGGUUUGCCCUAUAUUCCUCAUCUGCCUAAGGAUCACGCAAGUCCAUCUGGGUAGCAUGGUUUAAAGCAAUGUUCUGUCUCACUGCAAGGGUAAGAGAUCUCUUCAGAGAGGCACGGCCACCAUCAGCCCCAUGCCAUCCAGGUAUCCCUUGCAAGAGUGAUGCAGAUGCCUGACCCUGUUUGACAGUGAUCCAGCCAAUUAGCAGCACUACAAAGCUGUGCUGUCAGUACAUUCUAUUACCCUCAUUCAAUCCCCAAGGUGCAAGCUGAGCUUUAAGAGGGCUACCUCAAGCCACGUCGGGAAAGAGAGAGAGAGAAAAAAAAA